AUGUCAGCAACACCGCAACGAGAACCGCCCGACAGCGAUGCACAUACUGGACGACAAGUCCAGAAGCGAGCUUCUCAGGCGUGUCACCAAUGUCGGUCACGGAAGAUAAAAUGCGACUUAGUCGAUACUGGUGCACCUUGUAACAACUGUCAGGUUGAUCACAUUGAGUGUACAACUUCUCUAUCAAAGAGGACCAGGAAAUAUCGACUGUUAAAAGCCCAGCUUCUACGAAACUCAGCAUCUUGCUCACUACUCCUUCCACGAAAGCAGACAGAAACAACAAUUACUUCUUCGUCUCCCAAAUCUGAAGCCACCGCCAUCUCGAAUGAAAUAUUCCCACCCCAGCCGAAGAAUGACCAAGUACCGCAUCCUUGCCAACCCGUCAUUCACGAAUCAGCCUGUCUCGACCAUCUCCCACCUUAUAUUCGCCGUCCACCCCACAAAAUCAAACCUGGGGAGCUUGAGUAUCUAAGUCAUUGUGGUGCACUGUCAGUCCCAGAUGACGAGCUCCGUGAUCAGCUGCUUCUCUCCGUCCUACUCUAUGUUUAUCCAUUUCUUCCCGUUUUGGAUCUUCAGGAAUUUCUUGACGGAGUCGAGGGCAAGGAUGGCGCCAAACUCAGUCUCAUCCUCUUUCAAGCCGUAAUGUUUGCUGGGACAGCCUUCGUCGACCUCCACUAUCUCCUUGAUGCCGGUUUCGAUAACAGAAUUGCAGCCAGAUCUCAUUUCUUCCAAAAGAUUAAGUUGCUUUACGACUUCGGAUGGGAAACUGAUCGUGUUAUAUUGAUACAAUCCACACUACUGCACGCAUACUGGUAUGUCUGCACUAAUGAUCAAAAAGACCCAUGGUACUGGUUAGGGGUUUGUCUGAGCCUCGCCACUGGAAUUGGGCUCAAUGUGGAGAGCACCUAUGAGUCGCUUAAUGCUCGGACCUGCCGGCUCUGGAGAAGAAUAUGGUGGACCUGUGUUUCUAGGGACCGAAUCAUGUGUCUCUUAACAAGGAGGCAGAUGCGGAUCAAGUACGAAGAGACCAGUCUACCGACUUUGAAGUUUAAAGACUUUGACACUCAACCACUGAGCACCAAGAUCGAAUUACUUAGAGAUUCCCCUGUUGUCAAUGACUGUGUCUACAAGGUGAUGCUGGCGGACAUGUUCAUGUCCAAGGUAGACCUUCUCUUGAUAGCUGGCCAAAUUGUCGCCUAUGCAUACAACGUUCAGCGCUUUGAUAGUUCGACAACGGAGUGGGCGAUGUUUUAUGCCCCGAAGCCUAAGCGUGACUUGGACUCAGACUCUCUCGAUCAACUCCAAAGCAAACUCGGACAAUGGUCUCGAAAUUUGAACAGCUACUGCCACAUCGAUUAUCACGAUGAUCACGAAACCUCAGAUGUGCCUCCCAAACUUCCAGGAUCAGUCUUACUCGUGCACCGUGCAACGCUAAAGCUAGUCCAUCUAAUGGCAGAAGAAGCACUGCUGCGCCCACUAACCUUUCCUGAAGGACCACAACAACGCUCGACUCCGGUAUGUUCGAAACCCGAAGACAGCUCUACGGCCGGGGCAAGACUUGGUGUGAGCCGAAUAGCCACUGAGAUCGGGCAAAUCGUCCAUGGACUUCGACAAAAGAAUGUUCUAGGAUAUGCACAUCCACUGGUCGUUGGGUGUCUCCUGACUGCGGUUGCAUCAAUCCUGGUGGAUAUCCGACUGGAAAGGAAAUCGCUUGCCGAUGCCCCGGCUCAUCAAUAUAACGACUGCGUCCAAUCUCUUAUGACACUGAGCGAAGUAUGGCCUAUCGCCGAAAGAACAUUGGCGAUGGUAAAUCAGAUGGCAACAAAUAAUCAAAUCUGGUUCGCGAGGUCUUUGAAGAUGCUCUGCAAGCCAUUAUCCACAACAUCAAAACAGACCCCAGCAUCAGAGGGUUCGGCCAUAUGCAGCCCUUACUCUCCAAAGCAAGAUGGUCAAGAUAGAAUUCAAUCUGACCACACCUACGGUGCCGAUGGAGCGAGCGUCAUCCAGGUGCCGUCUUCUCUCAAUCUUCCUUGCUUUCACGAAAACGGCGGCCCUGGACAGACUAGUGUUGGAAUCCACAACUCUCACACAUCGAAUUACUUGGCCUUCAUGUAUCCUUUCCCGUGGACGGCAGCGGACUUCGAUGUCUUCGACCCUAACACAUGUCAGGAACUUUUCGCGGACCAUUCCGUGGAUACCUUCGACGCUGGAGGAACCUUCAAUAUAGUUAUGCCGGCAUACCCUUCGGCCCUGGAACACCAGCACCGUGUUGAGGAUACGACAGAGAGGCCGUCCACAACGCUGCCGGAUAUUUGGAGAUGA